AUGCCGGGGCCCGGGACGGCCUCGGGGACUCUGCUCCCAGCGGUCGUGCUGGCCCUGCUACUGCCCUGGGCCGGUCGAGGAGCCGUCACCGCCAACCGCACGCUGGAAGCCGAGCUGGAGCGCCGCUGGGACAGCUUGGUGGCGCGGUCGCUGGCGCGCCUGCCGGUGGCCGCGCAGCCCCAAGACGCGGCCGUCCAGAGCGGCGCCGGCGACUACUUGCUGGGCAUCAAGCGGCUGCGGAGGCUGUACUGCAACGUGGGCAUCGGGUUCCAUCUCCAGGUGCUCCCCGACGGGCUCAUCGGCGGUGUGCACGCGGACACGAGCGACAGCUUGCUGGAACUCUCCCCUGUGCAGCGGGGCAUCGUCAGCAUCUUCGGAGUGGCCAGUCGCUUCUUCGUGGCCAUGAGCAGCCGGGGGAAGCUGUAUGGCUCGCCUUUCUUCACCGACGAGUGCAAGUUCAAGGAGAUACUGCUCCCCAAUAACUACAAUGCCUACGAGUCCUGCCAGUACCCUGGCAUGUUCGUCGCCCUGAGUAAGAAUGGGAAGACCAAGAAGGGGAACCGAGUGUCACCCACCAUGAAGGUCACCCACUUCCUCCCCAGGCUGUGA